AUGGCCAACACCGCGCCCAAAGUCGCCGAGGUCGAGCGCGAGGAGGCACCCGCCGCCGUCGACAAAAAAGCCCAGGCCCUCGCAGAUAAGAUCCGCACGAGCAGACACCUGGUCGUCUUCACGGGCGCCGGCGUCUCGACGUCAGCGGGGAUAGCCGACUUCAGAGGGCCACAGGGUGCCUGGACGUUGAUGGCUCAGGGCCGCGAGCACGACUUGCGGUCCAUAGAUACCUUGGAGGCGAUACCUACGCCGACUCACAUGGCACUCGUGGAGCUUCAGAGCCGCGGGCUGCUCAAGUAUCUCAUCAGCCAGAACUGUGAUGGCCUGCAUAGAAGGAGCGGGAUCUUGCCUGGCAUGAUCUCUGAGCUCCACGGCAAUAGCAACCGCGAGUAUUGCAAAGACUGCGGGAAAGAAUACAUUCGAGGUCGCAAGUGUGCGAUCUGCGGGGGAAUCCUGCUGGACAGCAUUAUCAACUUCGGCGAGGAUCUGCCUGAAACAGACUUUCGGCGCGCACAUAUGAAUGCUCAAAAGUCCGAUGUGUUCCUCGUCUUGGGAUCCUCAUUGACGGUGACCCCCGCGAAUGAAAUCCCAGAAAUUCCAGGCCGGAAAUUCAGUCCCUUGCUAGCGAUUUGCAAUCUCCAAGAGACGCCGCUAGACGCUCUCGCUGACAUCAGGGUCUUCGCGAAAUCCGACGAUCUAAUGCUCCGCGUUAUGGAAAAGCUGGACAUCCCCAUUCCGGCCUUCAUUCUUCAGCGCCGGCUGGCCAUUAAAAAUGGACAGAAUGCAAGAGGAAAAUUCCAAAUCCAUAUCACUGGCGUGGAUGUCGACGGAACACCCAACUUCCGCGGUGACUUGGAUCCAGGGACGAAAGUCGAGCUCGAGCUCGAGUUCAUGGGCAAUUAUGGCGAACCAAAUCUGUUGCUAAGCCAUGAUCACGUCGGCCAAGCUGACGGAUCAGUCAUGUAUGACCUCCAGUAUAAUCCAGCCGAUGGAAAGUGGGAUUACAGCAGAGCCAGCUCCCUGGAUUGA